CCUUUAAAACAGGAGAGUCUGCAGAUAUUCCGAAUAAGAGAAGAACUGACAGACUGACUGAUUGACUGUCUGAGGAUCUUCUACCACACAAACCAUACAGGAUGUGUCGUCUGUCCCUCCUGUGUCUGCUCUCGGCCCUGUCUGUCAGCUGGGCUAAGCCCCGCCUCCCUCUGCUGUCUCCUGAGAUGGUUCAGUACAUCAAUAACGUAGACACCACAUGGACGGCUGGCCAGAACUUCCACAACAUUGACAUCAGUUAUGUGAAGAGUUUGUGUGGAACCCUGCUGAAGGGACCCAGGCUGCCAGAGCUGGUGCAGUCUGAUGAGGACAUGAGUCUGCCAGACAGCUUUGACGCACGGCUGCAGUGGCCCAACUGCCCCACCAUCAAAGAGAUCAGAGACCAGGGAUCCUGUGGCUCCUGUUGGGCCUUUGGGGCAGCUGAGGCCAUCUCCGACAGGUAUUGUAUCCAUAGCAAUGGCAAGGUCUCCGUGGAGAUCUCAGCUGAGGACCUGUUGUCAUGCUGUGAUGCCUGUGGCAUGGGGUGUAUGGGGGGCUUCCCAUCAGCUGCCUGGGACUACUGGGCUGAGUCUGGGCUGGUUACAGGGGGGCUCUACGGCUCCAAUAUAGGCUGCAGACCUUAUAGCAUCGCUCCGUGUGAGCAUCACGUGAACGGAACCCGCCCCCCCUGCACAGGUGAGGGGGACACCCCUAAGUGUGUGUCUGAGUGCAACGCUGGAUACACCCCCUCCUACGUGAAGGACAAACGCUUCGGAAAGCAAACGUACAGCGUUCCCUCAAAGGAACAGCAGAUCAUGACUGAGCUCUAUAAGAACGGCCCGGUGGAGGCAGCCUUCUCUGUCUAUGAGGACUUCCUCCUUUACAAGACAGGUGUGUACCAGCAUGUGACUGGACAGAUGCUAGGGGGUCAUGCCAUCAAGAUCCUGGGCUGGGGGAAGGAGAACAACACCCCCUACUGGCUGGUUGCCAACUCCUGGAACACAGACUGGGGUGACAAUGGGUUCUUCAAGAUCCUGCGGGGAAAGGAUGAGUGUGGCAUCGAAUCAGAAAUAGUGGCGGGGAUACCCCGGCUUUAGAGUAAUAUUUUAUGGCUGUGUUCAGAGGGUCCUCUCUAUGGCCUAUCCACCACCCUGCCUCCCAAUUCAAUUCAAAGCGAGGGUGUCCUGCAUGAUCCUCAGUAUGGAUGUCUGGCUUUCAUAAAUGAUCCGUUUUAAAUUGUAGAUUAAUUCUAUGCUCUUAGGGUUGGUUUCCCAGACUCAGUUUACAACUAGUCCUGGACUAAAAGGCUAUUUCAAUGGAGAUUCUACAUUAACCAUGCUUUUUACUAGGCUUAAUCUGUGUAUGUGAAACCAGCCUUCUAUGACUGUAAUAUUUAAAAGUUACUAAUAAACUGCUCAUGUUGUUGAA